ACAAUGGCUGUUCUUUCCAUCCUCCUCUUGCUGGCUCUAACAGAUGCAUCCGCAGGUCUGUUCUGGAGAAACUACAUUCAUUACAAAAAUUCUUUAUCCUGGACUGAAGCGCAGACAUUCUGCAGAAACAGUCAUGUAGAUCUGGCAGUUUUUAACACACAAUGGGAAUUCACAAGUUUCUGCAUGAUUUAUGCCUUUCGUGAAGGCUGGAUCGGCCUUAGAAAAAACCCAGGCGAGAACGAGUAUACACAGUGGUCUGAUGGACAUGUACUGAAUUUCUUCAGGUGGGGAUGGGGAGAACCUAGCAACAUCAGCACUGAAGACUGUGUGUUAAAUAGAUAUGGCCGGUGGUACGAUGCACAAUGCACAACGACCAAUGACUUUUUCUGCUACUUUUGGGCACCUGAGAUGAUUGUGGUGCAGGAGAUGAAGAACUGGGAUGAGGCUCUGGCACACUGCAGAACGCACUACACUGACCUGGUGAGUCUCACCACGGAGACAGAUCACUUUCUGGUCAACAACAGGACAAGAGAAAUUCUGUCACCAGCGUUCUGGACUGGUCUACGCUUCAUGGAUGGUUCAUGGUUCUGGGUGAACCAGAAGUUUCUGUUGACUCCGUCUUCAUUGCCUCUAUGCCCCGCCAAGCCUUACCGGUGUGGGGCGCGAAACAUUAUCGACGGUGUCUGGGAGAACAGAGACUGUGAGGAGAAAAUGAACUUCAUUUGCUACCACAACAUUUAUGUUCUAGAAUUCACUCCAAGAUGAAGAGGUGAAGAGCUGAGAUUCCGAGAAGAUUAAUAUCAAUGAACAGGAUAC